UUCUUCAUUUCAAAACCUCCUAAUUUACACUAACAUUUAAUGUAACCAAACGAUGAGUUACUCUCAAACUCCUUAUUCAUUAAAUACCACAGGCAAUAAACUAUUUUUAAUUAUUAAUUUUAAUUUUCCUUUUUGCAUUUCAAAACAACAGUUCCAUAUCUGUAAUUCCACUACUAUAUAUAUUUAUGAGUUCUCUAAAAAAACAAAAUUAAAUAAAUAAAUAAACAAAAUCGCUGCUGUCACACUUUGUGCAGAAGUGAGAGCAUUUAAUUUAAUAGAACACUGAAUCAGCAAAAAAUAAAUAUAAAAAAAAGUGGUAAACUCUGAUCUGUUUGUUCCUCCACCGCUUCCAAAUCUCACCGCUUCCCUCCAUAUUUAAAUCCCCUCCAUUAUUUCAUUUUCACAUUCAUUUACAGAUUUAAUAUUAAAAAUAAAAAUAAAAAAUGGAAACUAACUCAGUUUCAAGUUCAGUUAUCUUCUUCUUCUUUAUUUUCUUGGUUUUGUUUGUAAUCAAUGGAAACUGCACUGUCACUUAUGAUAACAAGGCCAUUCUCAUCAAUGGCCAGAGGCGAAUUCUUCUCUCCGGCUCCGUACAUUAUCCCAGAAGUACCCCUGAUAUGUGGGAAGAUUUGAUCUUGAAGGCUAAAAAUGGAGGGUUAGAUGUAAUUGACACUUAUGUGUUUUGGAAUGGACACGAGCCUUCACCUGGCAAUUACAAUUUUGAGGGUAGAUAUGAUCUAGUGAGAUUCGUUAAGACGGUGCAGAAAGUCGGCCUCUUCGUUAAUCUUCGAAUCGGCCCUUAUGUGUGUGCUGAAUGGAAUUAUGGAGGAUUUCCUGUGUGGUUGAAAUAUGUACCUGGUAUUAGCUUCAGAACAGACAAUGAGCCCUUCAAGGCGGCGAUGCAAGGGUUUACGCAGAAAAUUGUCGGCAUGAUGAAAAGUGAGAACCUGUUUGAAUCACAGGGAGGCCCCAUUAUACUAUCACAGAUUGAGAAUGAAUACGGAUCACAAAGACGAGCACUCGGCGCAGCAGGUGACGCGUACAUGAAUUGGGCUGCAAAAAUGGCCGUUGGAUUAGACACCGGAGUUCCGUGGAUCAUGUGUAAAGACGAUAAUGCCCCUGAUCCACUGAUAAAUACGUGUAAUGGAUUUUACUGCGACGCCUUUACUCCUAAUAAACCUUAUAAGCCCACCAUGUGGACCGAAGCUUGGACCGGCUGGUUUAAUGAGUUUGGAGGCACAGUACAUCAACGGCCAGUUCAGGAUCUUGCAUUUGCAGUUGCUCGUUUCAUACAAAUCGGUGGCUCAUAUAUAAACUAUUACAUGUUUCACGGAGGCACUAAUUUCGGACGAACCGCCGGUGGUCCUUUUAUUACCACCAGCUAUGACUAUGAUGCACCAAUUGAUGAAUAUGGUUUAAUUAGGGAGCCAAAGUACGGUCAUUUGAAAGAGCUACACAAGGCGAUUAAGCUUUGCGAACCUGCGCUCGUCUCAGCGGACCCCACAAAAACUUCACUAGGAACCUUUCAGCAGGCUCGAGUAUUCACCACUGGAAAUGGAAGUUGCGCAGCUUUUCUAUCAAACUUCGAUAGUAAUUCUGCUGCGAGAGUGAUUUUCAAUAAAAUGCACUACAAUUUACCUCCUUGGUCAAUUAGUAUUCUUCCCGAUUGUAGAAAUGUAGUCUUCAACACGGCAAAGGUUGGAGCACAAACUUCGCAUGUUGAAAUGUUAGCAUCUAAUUCUCAAUUCUACUCGUGGGAGACGUAUAACGAAGAUACGACUUCGUCAGAUGACAGCUCAGCAUUUACGGCAAACGGACUUUUGGAGCAGAUAAGUGUCACGAGGGAUACUAGUGAUUAUUUGUGGUACAUUACUAGCAUCGACAUUAGCUCGUCAGAAUCAUUUCUACGAGGAGGACAGAAGCCGAUUCUAACUGUUAACUCUAAAGGCCAUGCGGUUCAUGUUUUCAUCAACGGUCAGCUUGCAGGAUCUGCUUAUGGGACGAGGGCGAAAACGAGAUUUACAUUCACCGGACCUGUGAAUUUACAAGUCGGAACGAACAAAAUUUCUCUGCUCAGCAUAGCCAUGGGACUACCGAAUAAUGGAAUGCACUACGAAAAUUGGGCCGUGGGAUUGGGGUUAGUCGAGCUGAACGGGCUAGAUCAAGGGAAGAAAGACUUGUCAAGCCAAACAUGGUCUUACAAGGUUGGAUUGAGAGGCGAGAUGAUGAAUUUGGUAUCUCCCGACAAGGAUUCCUCCGUCGAAUGGACACAAAUGUCGGCGAUCACCCAAAAUCAACAGCCUUUGAGAUGGUACAAGGCAUAUUUCGAUGCACCGAAUGGGGAUGAGCCUUUGGCUUUGGACAUGACAAGCAUGGGCAAAGGUCAAGUGUGGGUCAACGGUCAAAGCAUCGGAAGAUAUUGGUUGACUAAUGCCAAUGGGAACUGCGAUAUUUGCCACUACAACGGCACAUACCGAGCCCCAAAAUGUCAACUCGGUUGCGGUCAACCAACUCAGCGAUGGUACCAUGUUCCAAGAUCUUGGUUGAGGCCGACGCAAAACUUCAUCGUACUACUCGAAGAAAUAGGUGGCGACGCAUCAAAGAUCGCACUAGUAAAACGAACGACAUCUAGAGUAUGUGCAAAUGCAUUCGAGCACCAUCCAACGGUUGCAAAUUACAAGACCGAGAGCACAGCCCCGCAGAAGAUGCUUCGUCAGGCGAGGGUCCACCUAAGCUGUGGGCCCGGUCAAUCUAUAUCUGCCAUCAAGUUUGCUAGUUUCGGUACUCCAAAGGGAACUUGCGGGAGUUUUCAGCUCGGAAAUUGCCACUCACAGAACUCAAACGCCCUUAUAGAAAAGAUGUGCGUUGGGAAAGAAAGUUGCAAGAUUGCAGUUUCUAACAGCUACUUUGGAAGUGAUCCUUGCCCUCGAGUAUUGAAGAAGUUAUCGGUCGAAGCUAUUUGCUCUACCACAAUGAAUUGAGAUGUUAUAAAUUAUAAUACACCAGAAUUAAUACAAAAACGUAGUUGUCCUGUAUAUACUUAUAAACCAACAACAAAAUUUUGUACUUGAUUUCUGGGAUUAUUGUAUCAUAGGAAAAAAAAAGCCCAAAAAUACCCUUUUACCCAAAGAUGAAGGGCAAAACUGGAAAGAAAGAAAUACGUCACGUAAAAAGAAACAGUAGAGUAAAUGCGAAACAACUGUCGAAUAACUAAAUUAUUUUCGUCACGUUAACAAAGCAAUCCACAUAAAACCGAGAAAAUACAUUACAAUAGGAGGGGCUUUAAAGUAAAGAUAAAAGGUUGUGAUCAAGCGAAACAACUGUCGAAUAACUAAAUUAUUUUCGUCACGUUAACAAAGCAAUCCACAUAAAACCGAGAAAA